AUGGGGACAGGCUGGGAGGAAAUACUCGGGGCCAUGGAGUCUCAGGUGGCGGGGGGCCCGGCCGGCCCGGCCCUGCCCAACGGGCCACUCCUUGGUACAAACGGAGCCACUGAUGACAGCAAGACCAACCUCAUCGUCAACUACCUGCCCCAGAACAUGACCCAGGACGAGUUCAAGAGUCUCUUCGGCAGCAUUGGUGACAUCGAAUCCUGCAAGUUGGUUCGGGAUAAGAUCACAGGGCAGAGCCUCGGUUAUGGGUUUGUGAACUACUCUGAUCCCAACGAUGCAGACAAAGCCAUCAACACCCUCAACGGCCUCAAACUGCAGACGAAGACCAUCAAGGUGUCCUAUGCCCGACCCAGUUCUGCAUCCAUCCGAGAUGCUAACCUGUAUGUCAGUGGACUCCCCAAGACCAUGAGCCAGAAAGAAAUGGAGCAGCUCUUCUCCCAGUAUGGCCGCAUCAUCACUUCUCGCAUCCUGGUGGACCAGGUCACAGGCGUCUCUCGGGGUGUGGGAUUCAUCCGCUUCGACAAGAGGAUUGAGGCUGAGGAGGCCAUCAAAGGACUGAACGGGCAGAAGCCGCUGGGCGCGGCAGAGCCCAUCACGGUCAAGUUCGCCAAUAACCCGAGUCAGAAGACUGGGCAGGCCCUGCUCACGCACCUCUACCAGUCGUCAGCCCGGCGCUACGCAGGCCCCCUGCACCAUCAGACGCAGCGCUUCCGGCUGGAUAAUUUGCUCAACAUGGCCUACGGAGUCAAGAGGUUCUCCCCCAUCGCCAUUGACGGCAUGAGCGGCCUGGCGGGCGUGGGCCUGUCAGGGGGUGCGGCGGGCGCCGGCUGGUGUAUCUUCGUGUACAACCUGUCGCCGGAGGCGGACGAGAGUGUGCUGUGGCAGCUGUUCGGGCCCUUCGGGGCGGUCACCAACGUCAAGGUCAUCCGCGACUUCACCACCAACAAGUGCAAGGGCUUUGGCUUCGUCACGAUGACCAACUACGACGAAGCGGCCAUGGCCAUCGCCAGCCUCAACGGCUACCGCCUGGGCGAGCGUGUGCUGCAGGUGUCCUUCAAGACCAGCAAACAGCACAAGGCCUGAGCCGCCGCCGCCGCCCGCCCUCCCCACCCUCCCCGGGCAGCAGAGAGAGAGAGAAAGAGAGAGAGAGGGGCCCUGAGAGAGACAGCGCAGGCAGACCACCGACGGCACGAGGGCCCCGCAUCCCUGCGGAAGCCACAGGGUGAGCACUCGGGGUGGGAGAGUCUGCAGGGAAUGGGGGGUGCCUGGGGGUCCCCCACCCCGUCCUCCUGCCCCCACCCCAGGCUGGGCUGUUCACUCUCUCGUCUUGGUUUUGUUCAUGGCGAUGGUUUUUGUUUCUUUUUUCGGCUAAAAAGAAAGCAGAGAUGUGCCCCCACCCCACCUUCAACCACCCUCCACGGGAUGGCUUUGCGGGGACGCUGGGGGUGCCCUCCCAGACCCCCUUGCCCAGGCCUCCCCAACACCUAGAUGAGCCUGAGGGGAGGGGGAACAGGUUUAAAAAUCCCCAAAAAAGCGAAACGGAGGAGGGGUGUGGGCAUCCCUGGCCCAGAGCCCCUGGAUGGAGUGUGAGGAGCAGGGGGAGGGGCUGGAAACAGAAACAAAAUGAAAAAAAAAGGGGGGGUGGGAGGGGAAGAAAAACUCUAUUUUUGUAAAAAGGGAAAAAAGACCUCGUGGAGAAUUUUUACUGGGGAUUCUUGAACUUGAAAAAAAAAAACACAAAAAAAGACAAAAAAAAAAGAAAAUAUUUUGGCAGGUUAUGUUUACCAACUGGGGCAGGGGCAGGGAGCAGGGCUUGGGGGCCGGGGGUCCACGGGGCCACACAGAGAAACACAGCCACGCGAAGACACGCGGGGGCAUGUGCGCACCCGCGCGUACACACACACACACACACACACACACAUACACACACAGGGACACACAGAAGCACUGACAGACCCAGAGACAUGCCCCGGACACCUUCAGGAGCUCGUGGGCCAGACCCAGACAUGCAGACACACACGUGGAUAAUCACAGAAGACCGAAGCAGGGGGGCUAGCAAAUGUGGCCACGGGCAAACACCGAUGUGGGCAGAUGCGGCCGCAGGUGGAUGCGGAAUGCGAACAUUUCCACGUGGACACGUCAGAGCAGAGACAGACAUUUGGACACACAAAUCUAUAGACACCCGGUCAUGGAGAAGCAGAGAGACAACACCAGGAGACAACGACAUGCCCACAGCAUCCCUUAGGCCCAGGCGAGAGGGUGGUAGCCCAGACCCUGGCCCAGUCCACUUCCUCCAGCUAGGCCGCCCGGGUCUCCUGCGGAUGCGUGGCCCCACUCAGCCCGGCCCCAGGUUCUCUGCAGAGCUCUCUCCUGGCUCAUCAGUGGUCCCUGCCGCCCACGAACACAGGCGUGCACACACAGAGCAUCCAUGCAUCCAAACACACGAUACCUCGUCUCACUUUUGGCGUCAUGGUGGGCUGGAGGCAGCCCCCCCCAACACUUGAGGCCAAAGGACCCCCUGUCCCCGGGGCUGAACCUCCCUGGGCCGAGGCCCUGGCCCAGAGGCUGAGGGGGGAGGCUGGGCCCUGAGCUUUCCCUCUCCCCCAAGGCCUCCCCAGCAGGAAGUACCCGCUGUUCCCUCCAGCCCGCGCCCCCCCCCCCGGCACCCUGGGGUGGAUGAGCCCAGAGGCCCAGCCCCAAAUUCCUUCUCCCCCCACUUGUCACCCCUUUUCAGUUUGUUGGGUUUUUCUGUCUUUCCAAACUCCUGAGGGCCGUGGAUGCAGCCCCCAUCCCGAGCCCCAGCCCCGGCUUCUGUCUGGAAAGUCCAGACGCUCUCCAUUCCCCUAGUUUUCAUUCUUUGUAAAAAAAAAAAAAAAAAAGAAAAAAAGUAAAAAGAAAAAGAAAGAAAAAAUUCCAACAGAAGCCGAAGGCCGGAGCCCCUGGGAGCCCUCGCAGCCCCCCACCCCCCGCAGCGGGCCCAGUAGGAACUGAGAAUUACAAACCCCGAGUUCAGCUUCAGUCGCCCUUCCUCCGGUGUCCCUGCGUUUGGUGUCCGGCCAUGGCCCCAUCUGACUGCCCAGCUCUCUCUCCCCCACCCCUCCCGGUGUUUGUUAGUAAACGUCUGUGGAGCUUCUGCUGCAAGGAACAAAAAGAAAAAAAAAAAAAUCAAAAAAGCGACAAAAAAACA